GGACUCAUCCCCAGAGGACCAAAACCGGAGAACCGAAUAUCUCACCAUGAACCGCUCUAUUUCAGCUUUUCAGCUAGAGUCGUCGACCGCUAGAGUUAAGAUAAAAAUUAUUUUUUUGCAAAUCAAUGUUCAAAUUUGUAUUUCAUUUUCAAGUAAUAAAUUCUUUACAGUUUGAAAAUCAUUAAACUGUGUCGUGAUGGAUGUGUAUUUUUUAUGAAUUCGUGAUCUCAAAAUCUUGCAGUAUGUUGAAAUAACUGAUUCUUGUUACAAUUUUGCAUAGUAUACUUGGUAUAACAACGCUAAUCGAUAAUCAUGACGGUAUCGGAAGAUAUGAAAAUGAUUGAUUGGUAUAUGUUUUCGAUCAUCUCAAUUUUUGUAUUCAUUGGAGAAUUUUCUACGGAUAUACUAGUAAAGUUUUUAGCAUUUUUUUGCAAAAAAUCGCAGUUGGAGAACGAUUUAGAAAGAGAAAUAUCUGAUAUUAAAGCAAAAAUGGAUGCUAUAUCAAUGGUCGAUGAAUUCGCCAAGUAUGCUAAACUCCAAAGAAAAUUGAAUCGUUUGCAAGAGGAUUUGAAAGUUGAAAGUAAAGAAAGUAAAGAAUUAUUUAACAGCAUGAAAUAUAUCACCCAAUUCGCUGUGGACUUAUUUUUUAAUGGUAUCUGUUUCUACAUCAUAUAUAGUAAUCUGAAUACGCCACUUUUGUAUAUAAAUCCUCAAUGGCUCACACCUUUUAAUGGUGUGGUUGGAUGGCCGAGUAAUAAAGCAGGCGAUAUGGGAAUUCUGUUUUGGUACAUAGUAGUGAAAAAUGUGAUGAAGAAAAUUCGUUCUCAAGUUUCAUUCGAACAGGAUUCGUUAUUGAAGUGUCUUUGGAUUGAAGUCACGCACACGUUGCUAUAAUUUGAUGCAUGUUAAAUUACACCCAUACUGCGUUUGACUGCCUGAGAUGGGUUUUCAUAGUUUUGGAUCAGAAAAAAAAGAACUGGAGAAAAUGACUAUCUUGCUGCUUUUUGUGUUUCAACUAAGUGACAUGUUGAAUUUUUGAAAAUUAGCGAAAAAUAAAUAAAUUAAUCUAGACUCCAAAAA